AUGGCUUCAAUGCUGUCUCUCCACCUCAUUGUUCCAGUGUGUUUGAAUGACUUCCGAGAUCCAGUAAGCUUGCCCAGUGAGCUUGCUCUCUGCCGAAAGUGUUUUCAAGUGUAUCAAGUGGAAUCAAGUGAAUGUGCUCACAAAUGCCCAGAAUGCAUACAAACCUUCACCAGACAGGAUGUUAAAGGUAACCAAGUUGUUGUGGACGUCAUACAACAGCGCAAGACAAAACAGACUCCAAGGAAAGCACAAGAACUGUUGUGUCCUGACCAUGAAAGGCAACUCAAACUUUUCUGUGAGAAUGACCAGAGAUUGGUUAAGGAGUGAGAGAAUCACCGUGGACACAGUUUCAAGCCUGUAAAAUAAGUUAUGGAGAUCAGUGAGGUUGUAUACGUACAAUCAAUGAGAUUUAUUUUGGAUGACAAUAAACAAAUUGGUGACAUGAUCUUGAACCAGAUGCUUGUAUUGAGACAGCUCAAGAGAGCAACCAACAGAGCUGAGGAAACAAUGAAGCAAAAUGAAUCAUUGCUGGCAAAGUUGCAGAUUGAUCAGGUGUCAGUGUUGGAGCCAGGACUAACAAUAUGCCAAUCACUACACUGGUGGAGUGAAGAAGGUUUCACCUUUGUUGAUGAGUUCACACUCAGUAAGAACAAAGAUAUCAAGUUUGCCUUCCGAACCAAAUAUAAAUCAAGGCUUGAUGGCCUUAAAAUGAUUUCUGACCACUGCACUCUUGGCCGUUAUGAAACUGACCUGCAACUAAUUGUUUGGAGAGACAUGCUAGGCCCUGUUAAACAUGAGUUGAGCCCUAAUGAACAUCUCUCAUUGCAAUUAGACCAAGACCUGAAACGGCCAUCAGAACAAGAUAGCCAUCGGCAGUCUCAAGGGGAAGCUUGCUUUGCCAAAUUCCAGAAGUGUCACAAAGGUUAUAAGGAAACAUAUGUGGAGAACAUACAACCAGAUGUACUGGGAGGUUGAGUUGAACCAGGAUGGGAACGUGGACUUAUAGUUAGAUAUUACCCAAAGGAGAAGAAUGCUUCUCUCUGGCAGUGGCAGGCAUUAUUUUCUAAAUGUUUUGAGAACAUAUCUCUUUCAGUAAAAGAUGACAGAGUGUUUGCAGUAAGGGGCAGUGAAUAAACUACCCGAUCUCACGACCAUUUCGUAUGAA